AUGUGGCGCAAGGUGGGCCCGGAUGCCUGUGGAAAACCUUCAAUGGAGAAGAAGAACGUAGGAACCUUCCACGAUGAUGGUAAACCUCAAAGCGCCUUCUCCAUCCGAACGAAUCUGUCGGGUUACAGCCAGGACAUCACACACCACUUCACCGCCUACCUUCCCAAGCUGGAACAUGACGGAGGAAGCUAUCAGCAGCAGCCAACAACGCACUACAUCCUGCCGCCAACUCCGACGUCUCCGCCUCGGUCACCGGAAGACCCACACCGAAGUCCCUCUCACGGCAGUCCCUCGUCGGUGAAAAAGCACCUCUUCAGCAGCUCCGGAACGGCAUUGUCACUGCCCCCGAAGAAAAAGGACAUCUACCGACCGUACUCGCUGGACGACAGGCCCCGGAACUACGAAAUCCGAAUCCCAGCCGAAGAGGACCUUCAUGCGGCGCACGCUAUUUUGGAUCUGAGUGCGUCGACGGCAUUUCUUCCACCUCCUGCGCCACACCAACUUCUGCAGCACCACAGCCAGCAGCUGAUGCAACAGGAGGAACGACUUCAGACCGUGCCUAGUUCGCUGGGAUCGCCGGAACAGAACGAGAACAAGAAUAGCACAAACACCCUGGACGAUAGCAAACCAUGUAAGACGGUAGCCUAUACGUACGAAGCGUUUUUCGUAAGCGACGGUCGAUCAAAGAAGAAGAUUAGUGACCCGAAAGUAGUUCUGGAGACCAAGGCCAAAUACACUUGCACCGAGUGUGGAAAGCAGUACGCUACCUCGAGCAAUCUCUCACGGCAUAAGCAGACGCACCGAAGUCUGGAUUCGCAGUCGGCGAAGAAGUGUAUGACUUGCGGUAAGGCUUAUGUGUCUAUGCCUGCUCUAGCGAUGCACGUCCUAACGCACAAAUUAUCGCACAGUUGCGGAGUCUGUGGAAAACUGUUCUCGAGACCUUGGUUAUUGCAGGGUCAUCUGCGGUCGCACACCGGUGAGAAACCUUAUGGCUGCGCACACUGCGGAAAGGCCUUCGCCGAUCGGUCCAAUCUGAGGGCGCACAUGCAGACACACUCCAUAGAUAAGAACUACCAGUGCCAACGGUGUCACAAGACGUUCGCACUCAAGUCGUACCUCAACAAACAUCUGGAAUCGGCGUGUUUCAAGGAAGAUCCCAGUUUGGGUCCGCCUCCGUUGCUGAGCCCAACUCAUAGCCUCGACGAUAUGGAUAUCCACGAAAGCCACAAUGUGAUGGCCGGAGUGUCCCUGGUGGAGAAACUCGGAGCGCGGGUGCAGGUGAAGAAGGAGAACAACAACGACGAAGCUUUAAAUCAAAACUUUGCCACCCUGGCGGCGGCAGCAGCGGCCAGCAGUGGAGUCGCCACCAGCAAUAUACUUGUGAUGAAGAAUGUGGCCGGCAGUUUGCUGGCAAGUAGCAAUAGUCUUAGCAACAGCGGUCCAUCGCCGGCACGGACCGCCACCAUCCUAACAACGAAUCCGACGGCUGCAGCUGUUCUGGGAGCCGUCAACGGAACAACGACCAUCCUGACUACCGGCAGCCAUCCGACGGCGGCGGUUCACAUAAACGUCAACUUCAGCGGGUAACCGAUAGUGGAUGCGGCCGCCCUGGCCGCCACCAAGGCUUAUCGUAUUAUUUUAAACUAGAUGGACGGUGGCUAGAUCGUAGUGCCGCCAUUUAUGCAGUCAGUGCAAUCGCUUUGCGGAGUGUAAAAAGCUAGUUUUCAAUAGGAAGAGGUUUGAUUUUAGCGGGAAUGUACGGAAGCAGUUUGUAAGUAGCGUUUUCCACUUUUAAAAACGUGCAAGUUUUACCAUUUCUUUCCGUUUUGAUUAAACCUUAUAAUUCUAGAACAUAGACAAACAUACACUUGUAUACACAACAAACAAACAAACACACUUUGCAACAUCCAAACAAGAAGCGAAACGAAACGUCAAGUGAACAAGUAUUUACGGAUAAAAUCCUCUAGACAGAAAAAAAGAAGCAUUAUUCCAGAAGCAAUCCCAAAGAGCAAUUAACCGAUUCAAUUAACCUAGUGGUAGGACUACCAAUUUCAAUUAUGCGUUGACUUUUACCUGUAGGAAACUGCUUUACAACCCUCUUAACUAUAUUUAUCGCAUCAACCCUGGGCUGAGGCGCAUUGAAUGCAAGUGAAACUGUACAAAACGUGAGCAGAGGUUAGGUUGAAGUAAGCAAAAAAAAAAAACAAGCAAGAAACAAGUUAAUUACAGCAUUUUAAAACUCUCGUUGAAGCAA